AUGUCCACAACCGUAGAAAAAAUCAAGGCCAUCGAAGAUGAGAUGGCCCGUACGCAGAAGAAUAAAGCUACAUCUUUCCAUUUGGGUCAACUCAAGGCUAAACUGGCCAAAUUAAGAAGAGAAAUCGUCACCUCGGCGUCCCAAGGUGCCGGUGGUGGCGGUGGUGUCGGUUUCGACGUCGCCAGAACCGGUGUUGCGUCCGUGGGAUUUGUCGGUUUCCCAUCUGUAGGCAAAUCCACUUUACUUUCCAAAUUGACCGGUACCGAGUCCGAAGCGGCAGACUACGAGUUUACCACGUUGGUGACUGUUCCAGGUGUCAUCCGUUACAAGGGAGCCAAGAUCCAGAUGUUGGAUUUGCCCGGGAUCAUCGACGGUGCCAAAGACGGCCGUGGUCGUGGUAAGCAAGUCAUCGCGGUGGCCAGAACUAGUAAUCUGCUGUUCAUUGUUCUGGACGUCAAUAAACCGCUACACCACAAGCAAGUCAUCGAAAAGGAACUCGAAGGUGUCGGUAUUCGUCUCAACAAGCAGCCGCCCGACAUUAUGAUCAAGAAAAAGGAAAAAGGUGGUAUCUCCAUCACCAACACAGUUCCACUCACACACUUGGGAUCUGACGAAAUCAGGGCCGUCAUGAGUGAAUACAGAAUAAACAGUGCCGAAAUCGCCUUCAGAUGCGACGCAACAGUCGACGAUUUGAUCGACGUUCUAGAAGCACCUACCAGAAGGUACAUGCCUGCGAUCUACGUCUUGAACAAAGUGGACUCUUUGUCUCUGGAAGAGCUAGAACUGCUGUACCGCAUUCCUAACGCAGUCCCCAUUUCAUCCGGCAAAGAGUGGAAUUUGGACGAACUUCUGCAGAUCAUGUGGGACAGAUUGAAUCUGGUACGUGUCUACACCAAGCCCAAGGGAGUCAUGCCCGACUUCAAUGAUCCCGUUGUCUUGAGAUCCGACAGAUGCACUAUUCGCGAUUUUUGUAAUCAAAUUCACAAAUCGCUGGUAGACGAAUUCAGAAAUGCUAUCGUGUACGGGAGCAGUGUCAAGCACCAACCGCAAUAUGUCGGACUCAACCACGUCUUGGAGGACGAAGAUGUUGUUACCAUCUUGAAGAAGUAA